AUGACUUGGACAGUUUUGUCUAAGCUUGAGCUCAAAAUUCAAUUUGUUAAGACUGUUUUCAUUGUAGCUGGGAUGGUCUGGAGUGGAGACUUGCCUGGUGUAGAAACACUGAAAAAGAUCAUUGCUGCGUAUUUCAACGUCCUGCAGGGUUUCCUUUUGGCUUGCCACGGAAGCACGGAUGGUGCUGGUCCUACUCUUCGCAAGUAUAUCACUACUUCUGCGAAGGGCGUGGUGGAUUCCAGCUUCUCGUUGUUCAAGCUUGCUGUUUCUGCCUACGAAUCUGGGAAUCCUGACCGGAAAAAUACUAUACCUCCGGUUACAGGAACUGUAUGGGAAGCGUGUCUUGCUCUUAAAAAGGUGCCUACAACCAACUGUAUCGCUACAGAGCGAGCUAUGACUGAGAUACGCGUCUGUCUAAAGGAUAUCCUCCGGGAGAUGAAAGAGCUCCCGCUUGGUGAUAGCACAGCUGAAAAAUCAUCUUCCAAUGGAGAAGCUGACAUGACCUUAUCGGAUAACGAUGAAUCAUCAUCUGGUAUUGAGGUAGAUGACGACUUCACCGAGGAGGAGAUUAUUGCCAAGUUGAUUAUCACCGUGACAUUAGACUCCCUCGUUGCGGUGAAAGAAACAAUUCGUUUCAUAACAGGCUUGCUUAAGAGCUCUGGCAACAAAAGAGGUGCUAAUGAGGAUAAAGUCGAGUCAAUGGAAAAUAUGCUUAGCUGCUGCAGGGACAUUGCUGACCAAGUGAACGAGUUUGGAGCCUGCGUGUAUACACAAGAUCCGUCUGAGAUGCAGUCCUCCAUCAAAAGACUAUACAAUGGCAUCAACGGGAUGUGCAAGGAAAUAGGAAACCUCGGUGGCUCGCCUGAGAACACCUUUGCAGCAUUUAGAGGUUUUGAGAAGUCCCUGGGACCUCUUGAGGAAGAGAUUGCAAAGGAUGUGGCGAACGGAAUGAAAAAUCUUUCCAUCAGCCAAUCCUUAUUGCUGAAGAAGACUCUUGAUUACAAUGUUAUGCCAUGUCUUCUGGUUAUAAGAGCAAUGGUCAAAUGUAUCUUCUAG